UGUCCGAAAGUGAGCGUAGUCGAGUAAAGAUGGUCGUCGCCGUCGCGCUGUGAAAAUUAGUGCCGUGUGAGUGGAAAAAAUAUUGGAAACCAGCAAGUGAAAAUCAGCAGUAAAUAUAAGAAAAUUGUGCAUUUCCCGUUCGAAAUUGUGUUUCAAAGGGUGAAACUGUAGUGCGUGCACAGUUUGCGAUCGCGUAGACGAUCUAAAAGUACAGUUUAAUUCAAGAAAAUCGAUUGAUUUGGAUACUUUCUUCAACAUCGCGCUAGGAGCUCGCUCUCUAGGACAGUAAGCUUCUAGCCAUGACGACUGAUAUAUCAGUGGUCCGGUGGGACCCCAGUCAGGGUCCCGGGCAGGAGUAUAUCGACGAAUACGAAUACGACGGAGGCAACUCCAGUUCACGCCUUUUCGAGCGAUCACGAAUCAAAGCUUUAGCGGAGGAACGUGAAAGUGUCCAGAAGAAGACGUUCACAAAAUGGGUCAACUCGCAUUUAGUGAGAGUCAACAGCCGAAUAGGAGACUUGUACGUCGACAUGCGGGACGGCAAAAACCUCAUCAAACUGUUGGAAGUAUUAUCCGGCGAGCGAUUGCCCCGGCCGACCAAGGGAAAGAUGCGAAUUCACUGCCUCGAGAAUGUAGACAAAGCGCUGCAGUUCCUUCGGGAUCAGAGGGUCCAUCUGGAGAACAUCGGUUCGCACGAUAUCGUAGAUGGAAACGCCAGCUUAAACUUGGGUCUGAUAUGGACCAUCAUCCUGCGAUUCCAGAUCCAAGAUAUUACAAUCGAGGAAACCGACAACAAGGAGACAAAGUCCGCCAAGGAUGCACUGCUGCUGUGGUGUCAGAUGAAGACCGCUGGAUACCACAACGUGAACGUCCGUAACUUCACUACCUCCUGGCGGGAUGGACUUGCCUUCAACGCAAUCAUUCACAAGCAUCGUCCGGAUCUGAUCCAGUUCGAUAAGCUGACGAAGAACAAUCCCAUACAGAACCUGAACAAUGCGUUCAACGUGGCUGAGGAGAAGCUCGGACUUACCAAGCUGCUGGACGCGGAAGAUGUCUUCGUUGAACAUCCCGACGAGAAGUCCAUUAUCACAUACGUGGUAACCUACUAUCACUAUUUCAGCAAGCUGAAACAAGAAACCGUACAGGGCAAACGUAUCGGCAAGGUCGUCGGUAUUGCCAUGGACAACGAUCGGAUGAUCAACGAGUACGAAUCGCUGACCAGCGAAUUGCUGAAGUGGAUUGAAGUUACAAUUGUUCAGCUCGGUGACCGACAGUUUGCCAACUCUUUAGCCGGCGUGCAGCAACAGUUGGCACAGUUUUCCAACUAUCGCACGGUUGAAAAGCCUCCCAAAUUCGUGGAAAAGGGCAACCUAGAAGUACUUCUGUUCACGUUACAAUCGAAGAUGAGAGCAAACAAUCAAAAACCAUAUACUCCGAAGGAAGGUAAAAUGAUUUCCGAUAUUAACAAAGCAUGGGAGCGUCUGGAGAAGUCGGAACACGAACGAGAACUCGCACUCCGCGAAGAGUUGAUUCGCCAGGAGAAGCUCGAACAGCUAGCCGCACGGUUCAACCGCAAGGCAACUAUGAGAGAAACGUGGCUCUCAGAAAAUCAACGCUUGGUUAGCACCGACAAUUUCGGAUUUGAUCUGGCUGCGGUGGAAGCCGCCGCGAAGAAGCAUGAAGCCAUCGAAACCGACAUUUUUGCCUAUGAGGAACGUGUCCAAGCUGUUGUGGCUGUUUGCAACGAACUAGAGGCCGAAAAGUAUCACGAUAUUGAGCGGAUUGCAGCCCGUAAAGAGAAUGUGUUGCGCCUGUGGAAUUAUCUGCUGGAGUUGCUUAGAGCAAGAAGAAUGCGUCUUGAGUUCUCCAUUCAGUUGCAGCAGAACUUCCAGGAAAUGAUCUACAUCCUUGAUUCUAUGGAAGAAAUCAAGCAACGCUUGCUGACGGACGAUUUCGGCAAGCACUUGAUGGGCGUGGAGGAUCUGCUGCAGAAACAUUCGCUAGUGGAAGCCGAUAUCAACGUGCUCGGCGAACGUGUGAAACAAGUAGUACAAAACUCCCAGAAAUUCUUGGGAGACGAAGAAGGAGGGUACAAGCCAUGUGAUCCGGCUAUCAUUGUUGAUCGCGUACAGCGUCUAGAAGAUGCGUAUGCCGAGCUGUGCAAGCUGGCAGUAGACCGAAGAUGCCGUUUGGAGGAGAGUCGCAAAUUGUGGCAAUUCUAUUGGGACAUGGCCGAUGAAGAGAACUGGAUCAAGGAGAAAGAACAGAUUGUCUCUGCUGAUGAGAUUGGCCACGAUUUGACAACGGUCAACUUACUACUAUCUAAGCAUAGGGCAUUGGAGAAGGAAAUCAAUUCCCAUGAACCACAAUUGAUGUCUGUCAGUACCGUCGGUGACGAGUUGGUUCGCCAGGGUCACUUUGGAGCAGACCGCAUUGAUGAACGUCUCAAGGAAAUUUUGUCUAUGUGGAACAAUCUACGAGAUUUGACGGUAUCGCGUCGUCAACGUCUCGAGAAUGCUGUCGACUACUUCCAACUAUUUGCCGAUGCCGAUGAUAUUGAUAACUGGAUGUUGGAUGCUUUGCGUCUUGUUUCCUCUGAAGAUGUUGGUCGUGACGAAGCGAAUGUACAAAGCUUGCUGAAGAAGCACAAAGACGUCGCAGACGAGCUGAAAAAUUACGCUGAAACUAUCGAACAAUUGCAUGCUCAGGCUAAGAAUCUAACACUGAACGACCCAGAACAGCAGAAGGUUCAAGAACGUCUCGCUGCUAUUGAUGCCCGCUAUAAAGAACUCAUGGAGCUGGCCAAACUGCGCAAACAACGUCUUCUCGAUGCUCUCAGUCUGUACAAACUUAUUUCCGAGAGCGAUGGCGUAGAACAAUGGAUCAGCGAAAAGGAACGUAUGUUGCAGACAAUGGUCCCUGGCAAGGACAUCGAGGAUGUCGAAAUCAUGAAGCAUCGCUACGACGGAUUCGAUAAGGAAAUGAAUGCCAACGCAUCUCGCGUAGCAGUUGUCAAUCAACUCGCCCGCCAGUUGCUGCACGUUGAGCAUCCCAACUCUGAGGAAAUCAUCGAGAAGCAAAACCAUCUCAACCAGAGCUGGUCGAAGUUGCGUGAACAGGCAGAGAGCAAACGCGAUGAUCUGAAGUCCGCUCAUGGGGUGCAAACAUUCUACAUCGAAUGUCGUGAAACGAUUUCCUGGAUCGAGGAUAAGAAACGUAUUCUCACUGACACUGACAGUCUUCAAAUGGAUCUAACUGGUGUGAUGACGCUACAGCGUCGUCUCAGCGGUAUGGAGCGUGAUCUUGCUGCCAUCCAAGCCAAACUUACUGCUCUGGAAAGCGAGGCUGAUGCCAUCGAAGGUGAUCAUCCAGAGGAGGCAGCUUUGAUUCGUGAAAGAAUUUCACAAAUUCAAGUCAUUUGGGAACAGCUUACUCAAAUGCUUAAGGAGCGUGAUUCGAAGCUCGAAGAAGCCGGAGAUCUUCACCGAUUCUUGCGCGAUCUGGAUCACUUCCAGGCUUGGUUGACCAAAACCCAAACCGAUGUUGCUUCCGAGGAUACUCCCACAUCACUGCCAGAGGCUGAGAAGCUAUUAAAUCAACACCAGAGCAUCCGCGAGGAGAUUGACAAUUAUACCGAAGAUUACACUAAAAUGAUGGAGUAUGGCGAAGGCUUGACUUCCGAGCCUACCCAGACCGAAGAUCCGCAGUAUAUGUUCCUGCGUGAACGUCUAAAGGCUUUGAAAGAUGGCUGGGAAGAGUUACAUCAAAUGUGGGAGAACCGUCAAGUUCUAUUAUCGCAAAGCUUGGAUCAGCAGUUGUUCAAUCGUGAUGCACGCCAAGCCGAAGUGCUACUUAGCCAACAAGAGCAUGUUCUCAGCAAGGAUGACACUCCAGUUAAUCUGGAACAAGCUGAAAACCAGCUUAAACGUCAUGAGGCAUUCCUCACCACUAUGGAGGCCAACGAUGAAAAAAUUAAUACUAUCGUUCAGGUUGCCGAUCAGCUGGCAGAGAAGGAGCACUUUGAUUCCGACAAGAUCGGAAAGCGGGCUGAGAGCAUUGCUCAUCGUCGUGAUGAUAAUCGCAACCGAGCUAUCGAACUGCACGAGAAAUUGAAGAACCAAGUUAAGUUGCAUGAGUUCUUACAAGACAUUGAAGAGUUGACGGAGUGGGUCCAAGAGAAAUACAUUACCGCUCAGGAUGACACAUACCGCAGCGCCAAGACCGUUCAUAGCAAAUGGACCCGUCAUCAAGCGUUCGAAGCGGAAAUUGCUGCCAAUAAGGAACGUCUCCACGAAGCCCAGAAGGCCGCCCAGGAACUAAUGGUUGAGAAGCCCGAGUUCAAAGAAAUCAUCGAACCAAAACUUCAAGACCUUGCAAAGAACUUCGAUGAACUUGAGACCAGCACUAAGGAGAAGGGAGCACUUCUGUUCGACGCUAAGCGUGAAGUUAUCGUUCAACAGAGCGUUGACGAUAUCGAUUCAUGGAUGGACGAUUUGGAGAAACAGAUCAUCAAUACCGAUACGGGUAGUGAUCUGACUUCGGUUAACAUUCUGAUGCAGAAACAACAGGUCAUUCAAACACAAAUGGCUGUUAAGGCACGUCAAGUCGAAGAAUUAGAAAAGCAGACCGAAGUCCUGACGAAGACCGCUCCUCAAGAUGUUGUAGAACCCAUCGUGGAGAAGAAGACAGCGGUGAAUGCUCGAUUUGAGAAGAUCAAGGCACCACUUUUGGAACGUCAGCGUCAGCUUGAGAAGAAGAAAGAAGCCUAUCAAUUCCGUCGCGAUGUCGAGGAUGAAAAACUGUGGAUUGAUGAAAAGAUGCCCCUGGCUAACUCCGAAGAAUUUGGCAACUCACUGUUUAAUGUCCACGUGUUGAAGAAGAAGCACCAGUCGCUGAAUACUGAAAUUGACAACCACGAGCCUAGAAUCAUGACUAUUUGCAACAACGGCCAGAAGCUCAUUGACGAAGGACACGAGGAUGCUUCGCAGUAUGCCGACCUAAUCAGCCAGUUGACUCAGAAAUGGCAGGAGUUGAAAGAUGCCAUCGACAACCGUCACAAGCAAUUGGAUCAAUCUGAGAAGGUACAGCAGUACUUCUUCGAUGCCGCUGAAGCCGAAUCGUGGAUGAGCGAACAAGAAUUGUACAUGAUGGUGGAAGACCGUGGAAAGGACGAAAUCUCCGCCCAAAAUCUGAUGAAAAAACAUGAUACUCUGGAGCAGUCUGUGGAGGACUACGCCGACACAAUCAGACAACUGGGAGAAACUGCACGACAGCUGACAGCUGAACACCAUGCAUACAGCGAUCAAGUAUCCGUUAAGCAGUCGCAGUUGGAUAAAUUGUAUGCCGGAUUGAAGGAUUUGGCUGGAGAACGUCGCGCUCGUCUGGAUGAAGCGCUACAGCUGUUCAUGCUGAAUCGUGAGGUUGAUGAUCUUGAACAAUGGAUUGCAGAGCGCGAAUUGGUUGCUGGUUCGCAUGAGCUUGGCCAGGACUAUGAUCACAUUACAUUGCUGUGGGAACGUUUCAACGAAUUUGCCCAAGAUACGGCUGCAGUCGGAAGCGAACGAGUAGCAAAGGCCAACGGUAUCGCGGACGAUCUGAUUCAUGCUGGACACUCAGACAGUGCAACGAUAGCUGAAUGGAAGGACGGUCUCAAUGAAUCGUGGCAGGAUCUACUGGAACUGAUUGAAACCAGAAAGGCGAUGUUGGCUGCUUCCCGCGAGUUGCACAAAUUCUUCCACGAUUGCAAGGAUGUUUUGGGACGCAUUAUCGAAAAGCAACAUGGUGUGUCGGACGAACUAGGACGCGAUGCAGGAUCGGUUUCUGCGCUACAACGCAAACAUCAAAAUUUCAUCCAGGAUCUGAUGACACUCCAUUCCCAAGUUCAGCAGAUUCAGGAAGAGUCUUCGAAAUUACAAGCCGCAUAUGCUGGUGAAAAGGCACGUGAGAUCACAAACCGUGAGCAUGAGGUUCUCGCAGCCUGGGCCAACCUGCAGGGAAUGUGCGACGCCCGUAAGAAUAAACUUGCUGACACUGGGGAUUUGUUCAAAUUCUUCAAUAUGGUCCGAACGUUGAUGCUGUGGAUGGAAGAUGUAGUGCGACAGAUGAAUACCUCGGAGAAACCACGCGAUGUGUCCGGAGUGGAACUUCUGAUGAACAAUCAUCAAAGUCUAAAGGCAGAAAUUGACACCCGUGAAGAUAACUUCUCAGCGUGUUUGGCUCUUGGAAAAGAACUGUUAGCAAGGAAUCACUACGCAUCGGCAGACAUCAAGGAGCGCCUGUUACAGUUGACCAACAGCAGAAACGCUCUACUGCAUCGAUGGGAGGAACGUUGGGAGAACCUUCAGCUAAUAUUGGAGGUGUAUCAGUUUGCCCGAGAUGCUGCUGUCGCUGAGGCUUGGUUGAUUGCACAGGAACCAUACCUAAUGUCGACGGAACUGGGACACACUAUUGACGAAGUUGAGAACCUGAUUAAGAAGCAUGAGGCAUUUGAGAAAUCCGCUGCCGCCCAGGAGGAACGUUUCAGCGCUUUAGAGCGAUUAACUACGUUUGAGCUCAAAGAAAUGAAACGUCGCCAGGAAGCCGCAGAAGAAGCAGAACGACAACGUUUGCAAGCGGAAGCCGAAGCCAGAGCCGCAGCGGAAGCUGAAGCCGAGGCAGCCCGUCAGGCCGAAGCAGCAGCACGUGAUGCAGCCGAUGCACCAGGCUCACCACAUUCCACGAAAGAGCAGGAAUCAGUCGGUACCGACACACCCAGCACCAGCACAACAAGGAGGCACUCUGCGACACCCAAAGAGCGUUCCGCAAGCACGGCCAGUGCUUCAGCAUCCAAAGUUAGCCGAAGAUCUCGCUCCAAGAGCCCAUUCCGGAGUUUCCGCUGGAAGCGGGGCUCCUCCAAAGCAGAAGUAUCGGACGAUGAAGGAGAUCGUCCAAGUCCCGGAGGAGCCGAUGAAGGCGCACAAGAAGGUGUCCUUACCAGGAAACACGAAUGGGAAUCCACCACCAAGAAGGCCUCCAAUCGAUCGUGGGAUAAGAUUUACAGCGUUGCCCGAAAUGGCCGCCUGACGUUCUUCAAGGACCAGAAAACAUCGAAGGCUGUUCCAGAGCAAACGUUCCGCGGUGAACCGUCACUAGAGCUGAAGGGAGCUCAAAUUGAAAUUGCUACUGACUAUACCAAGAAGAAGCAUGUGUUCAGAAUAAAGUUAUCGAAUGGUGGCGAAUUCCUGCUGCAGUGUCACGAUGAUGCGGAAAUGAACCAAUGGGUAACUGCUUUGAAAGCCCAAUGUGAGCUUGACGCUAGCGGUGAAGGCCGUUCGUUAACGUUGCCAGCUUCAUCACAGAAAGAUGAACAGAAGAGACGGUCAUUCUUUACACUGAAGAAAAAUUAAAAUCUUUACAAAAACAUACAUGAUCCGAUAUCGACACGUCUAUGCAAAGCGAUAAAUCAGCAAAAACUGUACUAAACCCAAUUGGACAACUUUCUUCUGUUUUAAUUAGUUGUUAGUGAUUUUAAGUACGUACUUUUUACAGCCCCACCGGCUGUAAAAUAAAAGUUAUUCAAAAUCGAUAGAAAUUUAUGUCUAUGUAGACACGAAAGCAGCAACAGUAAACCGGCGCACUUGUGUGGUUAAUUAUUGUUAACUAACAUUUCGGUUCGGAUGAAAGUCAGGAACAACUAAUAUGUUAAGAGCAAUCUUUAAUGCUAUCUCAGCUUAGUCCAGUAGAGUCCAGUGAAUAACCAGAACAGGCAUGUAACGUAUAGAACAGUACACACAUGAAAGAAAGAUGAAGAUAUCGCAAUGAGUACAAUCCAGGUGAAUCUGGCUUUCGGGAGUUUCAUCUACGACUAAAAUUCCAUCAACAAUCAUCACACCUCAUCGUCGAGAGCAAACAACACAAUUUUGUCUGUAAGAUUUUCGCAACAAAUGGCAGCCGUCUUCGCAAUAACAGCUAAAGAAUUUUAGGAACUUUAAUCAAGUAAAAAUGUAUUGUUUACCUAGAAAAUCAACGUUGUCGAAUUAAGACAUUUAAAGCAAAGUAAAACGCGCUCCGCUGAAGCUGAUUUGGAACCAAAUUAAAAAGUCUUAAAGUCUAAGAACCUGACGAGAUCUAAUUUUAACAAACAAUGUACAUCUAAUAUAAUAAAUAUUUAUUUUAUCCUAGCAGAACGAAAAAUGAAAUUAUCAGACGAAAAAAAGAAACUCUUUGAAAUCCCACAAAGUCUUCGCUUUCGUUUCGUGAGAAAAGAAAUUGUAAGAAUAAGUAUGUGAACCCCCCUCACAGAUGUUAUACAGGCCAGUAUAUGACACACCCAUUAGAAACACAGCGUAGGAAGCCUGAUUUCUUUAUUUUCGUAAACAAAGUUUAAGAAAUGAGGAUCUAGUGCAGUAAUCCAGUCAGCCAUUGGCCACCUAGAGGAGAAUCGCAUGGAAUCUAGUAGCAUAUUGAGUUGUGCACUUUUUCUCCUCAUAAUAGCCUUUCUAUUACGCUUGCCGCAAUCCAUUAAUUAUAGUGUGAAUGAGUUCGCUUCAAUGUGAGGUCUAGGUGUGCGCUUUCCAUUUUAAUAAAAAAAAUACAGCACAAACGAGAACUACUGUCAUGCGAAAAAGAUUUAAUCGAGAAGUACCACGAAGCAACCGGUUAGAACAGAUCGGUUUGAGCCAUCUGGAAGGAGUUUGAUUGGGUUUUCAGAGGAAUGAAAAAUAUUAAAACUAGGCACAGUUCGACCAACCAUUGGGCGUCAAUUAUUUCAGGUUUUUAAUAUUAUGGACUUAUGUAUUUAUGCAAAAUAAAACACAAAUAUUGAUAUUUCAAAAUAUUCGUUUUCUUUUUGCUGUGAAUUAUAGUUCCAAAAUACAAAAUCUGAAAUGAUAUGUGCCCAACUUUUGCUUGUUUGCGGAUCCAGUUGGUCUCCACAACAUGUUUUUUCUCUGCAAAUUCGUUUUUUUUUUAAUUUUUUGUCUUACCAUUUAAACACAGAAGCGAUAGUUUUUAGCGAUACACUGUGAACUGGCCGAUGAGUUCUACACAAAGGCGCAGAGUAACUGGUUGACGAAGUACUGAAAAGUCAUGAUGUUAAAGCAUGGUCAUCGGCCGUUUAUUCGUUGAUAGAUUAAGAGCACUAUUACCUAUAUGAUGGAGACAAAAAAUGGCAUUGCAAUAAUAUAUAAAAUGAAAUGAAAACAAAUUUCGCUGUUUCGUCAGAACGAUAAACUUAUUUUGAUGAAAAUCUUAGAAUAACUAUAAUCAUAAUUCUGUUUAUUUUAGGCCGAACAUUAUUUAUUUUUUCUUUUUCUUAUUAAGAAUGUACUAAAUAAAAACGGAAACAUCGUAAGAGAGAAAUAAAAAAUAUAUUUGCGCGCUAUGUAAAAGAAUUUGUUUUAUACAAAAAAGUAUAUGAAUCAAUCAAGUAUAUUUUCAAACUGCCAGCUUGUGAGUAAAAACAAAAGAAUAAAUGUAUGAAAUAAUGAAUCCUUAUAGUUUGUUUUACUUCAGACGUAAAAGAAAGCGAAUAAUGUAUUAGCAUUAUAAAAAAACAAAAGCUAUUUCUUCUAUAUCUUGUCGAGAGUAACAGAAAAUUCGAAUACCGCGAACAUCGCAUCAAGUUCAAAGUGCAUUUGGAAUAGGAAAUUGGAUGGGCUACAGCAUUUUGAGCAAAAACAAAGCUGAGCAUAAUUAUGCUUUUUAUAUUAAUUCUUAAAGGGAGAUGUGAUGUUCGGAGAAAUUGGUUAAUUCCGAUUGGCUAGUACAAAUGUUUUUCUUUUCUAAAAAAAAAUCCUAUUUCAUUUAAUCGAUCAAACUGCUAGGCGCCAGUAUGAGCCAGUUUAAAUUUCAACGCAAGCGCUAGUAGUACAUCCGAUUUUCUUUCUAUUUGCAGUUUUUCUUGAUAAGCCGUACAUAAAAAAUAAUGUAAUAAGAAAUAAAGAUAUAUUUACAUCUAUGAUUGAAUAUUAUUUUCUAGAUACAAGUAAGGCGAAAUAAACAUGUAAAAAACAAUAUCUUGAAGUCAAAAAUCCCUUGAUAUAGAAAAAGGAGACAUCAAUAUUUAAUUGUUAUCGGAAUAAUCAAACAAAGAUCGCUACUCUAAAAUUUCAAAAUAAAAUGGGACAAAUGAAUAAAA